AUGGGUGACUUCGGAGCCACCUCCUCCCUCGAUGAACCUGUCUCUCUCCCAGGACAACCUCUUCCCCCCCAGGAUGAUGACAUCCAUGUCCUCGUCACCGGUUUCGGCCCAUUCAAAACCCACCCCCUCAACCCCUCAUGGCUAAUCAAUUCUCUCCUCCCACAAUACGCUAUCACCAGUAAAAACCGCCGAGUCCACAUCCACGCCCACCCACGGCCGAUCCGGGUAGCCUACGCCGCGGUACGUGAGGAAAUACCUCGUAUCAUCGAGGAGUUCCGAGUCGCCCACGACGGACGUCCGCCUCACUUGGUGAUUCACAUCGGCAUGGCUGCCACCAGACAGUACUAUGCCGUUGAGACGGUUGCCCACAGAGAGGGGUACAAACAUACAGAUGUAGAUGGGCAGUUCGGGAUACCGUUUGACCCCUCCUUGCCAGAGAGGCUACAACCGGGUGUUCCUACACCAGCUGAUUCUGCAUCUACGUCCGAGUCUACGGGUAAGGUGAAAGUUGUUCCGUCACCGCUUGAUACCGGCUUUUUGCAGGCCUGGAGGAAAAGUCUACCCGCCGGACGGUCAAUUGAUGUCCGUCUAUCUCAUGAUGCGGGCCAUUAUCUGUGUGAAUAUAUCUAUUACACCAGCUUGUCAAUGGCGUGGGAGGAGAACAGGCCGCGGGCAGCGCUGUUCUUGCAUGUUCCUGGCUGGACUGAUAAAGCUAGUGUGGAGAUGGGCGUUGAGGUGGUAGUGGGUCUUGUCCGGGCUAUGGUGGAGAGCUGGAUUGUUGAGACGGAUGCUUAA